AUGGACGAUGAACUAAUAAGUACGGUAUGCAGCAACGCUGAAGGCGAACCUGUUCUUCAAGACACAGGCAGAGAAAAGCUAAGCAGAGGAGCUAACAAAGCACAACGCUGGUCAUUCUUGCAUGUGGAUUCUACGAACGCCAACGAUCGGUGGUUGAACGACAACCAGUUGAAGAAAUUACGAUCGGGCAUUUUCAGUAGCAACACUAAGCUGGCUGGGAUAUGGUUGCAAGACAACAACUUCACUGAAUUGCCUCCUGAUUUAUUCCAAGAUCUACAAAACCUGACAGAACUCUAUCUGUCAAAUAACAAGUUGAAGAGUCUUCCAGACGGACUUUUUAACAGCCUUUCCAAGCUGACACAUCUGGAUUUGUCAAACAAUGAACUUCGAAAUCUACCACCGUACAUCUUCAGGAACAUUACAGCAAUAGAAUUUCUGAAAAUGGACUACAACAAAAUUGAGAAGCUUCACGAAGACCAGUUCCAGGGCUUGGUAAAGCUAUUCGAUUUAUAUCUCUCGGAGAACAAAAUCGACGCUCUGCCUGACAAAAUUUUCAAGGGCGUCAAAAGCCUCAAAGCUCUCAAUAUCUUCGGCAAUAAGAUACAAAAAGUUAGCAGCACGACUUUCAACUAUGCCCACGAACUGCGAUUUUUGUGA